AUGCACAACACUUUCUUCUCAUUCAUCCUGGUGUUUUAUCUCGUCACCCUGCUGGGGAAUGGGGAUAUUGUCUGUGUAGUGAAAUGGGACAAGCGGCUUCACACACCCAUGUACAUCUUCUUGGGAAAAUUUGCCUUCCUAGAGAUCUGGUACGUUUCUUCUACUGUCCCAAACAUGCUGGUCAACAUCCUCUCUGAGACCAAGACCAUCUCCUUCACUGGAUGCUUCCUCCAAUUCUAUUUCUUUUUUUCACUGGGUACAACAGAAUGUUUCUUCUUAUCGGUCAUGGCUUAUGAGCGAUACCUCACCAUCUGUUGCCCACAUUACCCCUCCAUCAUGACUGGGAAGCUCUGUGUGGUCCUGGUCUGUGUUUGCUGGGUGAGUGGAUUUCUCUGCUAUACAGUCCCCAUUGUCCUCAUCUCCCAACUUCCCUUCUGUGGACCCAACAUCAUUGACCACCUUGUGUGUGACCCAGGCCCAUUGUUCGCACUGGUCUGCAUCCCUGCUCCUUCCACUGAGCUUAUACGCUACACCUUCAACUCAUUGAUUAUCUUUGGGCCCUUCCUUUCCAUCCUGGGAUCUUACACUCUGGUACUCAGAGCUGUGCUUCGUGUUCCUUCUGGUGCUGGUCAAACGAAAGCUUUCUCCACAUGUGGGUCCCACUUAAUGGUGGUGUCUCUAUUCUAUGGAACCCUUAUGGUGAUGUAUGUGAGCCCAACAUCAGGGAAUCCAACAGGAAUGCAGAAGAUCAUCACUUUGGUAUACUCAGCAGUGACUCCACUCUUAAAUCCCCUUAUCUAUAGUCUCCAAAACAAAGACAUGAAAGAUGCCCUAAAGAAAGCCCUAGGAUUAAGAACUAACCCAAACUGA